AGCGGCGUUGCGAGUUGCGAGGACUUUCGUGCUUUUGUUCUGUCUGUUUGCAUGUGUAUAUGCGUUAGUUAUCCUUCGUGUUUUUUGUUGUGCUUUGUUAGAUUGCUUUUACAUAUUGUGCUCUAGCUAAUGCAAAACGCUUCAAUCUGAAAGAUUUUGUUUCCUUUUAUGAGAGAUAAUACAGCAUCGAAUGAUACAACCAUUACGUGGCCACAGUAAGGUAACCUCUUGCGUAUCUGAGAUCCGUGCCUCACGAGCACAUGUUCGACGCAAACAUACUUAAGGCCUUCGUGGCACCUCGGAUAGCAUAUAGCAAUAGCAAUCCUCUUUUCAAGCAAGUCAUCGAGGAUACUAUUCACUAAUUACAUGCUGUAUAUAUUAGCGUUAUGAUAAGGUUUUAUCUCUGUUAUCUUUCAUUCGAUAAGCCCAUAAAUAUUGGGUCAUCUAAAAAGUAUCCGCGGUUUUUUGUCACUAGAUGUGUUGAUCAUCAACACCAUCUUGGAAUAAAUCAAUAACUUAUUCGUGAUAUCAAUAGUUAAAUUUAAACAAUAAAUAAUUCAUGAGAGCGCAUAUUGAAAAAAAAUUGAAUUUUAUAUAAGAAUUCUGUACGCGCGCUUUAAUGGAUUAAAUAUACGAGAAAUCGUUUCUGGUUAUAAACAUUACAAACGCUCUGAAAAGACAUUGCCCUUAGUUCGACAUAUACUAAAGAUGACAACAGAUCAAUCUGACAAUUGGAAAUUCUUCAAUUGCUAAAUUUUAGUUAUCAUCUUCGAUUUCAUCAAGAAUCAAGACAAAGCUCUCACUAUUAUAUUAAAAGUUUGGGAUAAAAGAAGUGAAGAUAAAGCGUUGUCUUGCUGAUACCAUCAAUCAAAAGGAUAAACUGAUCUGAUUGUGAGUUGAAACUUAUUGGAUUCUUUCCACGUAUAAAUCGUAGAGAAUCGAUUACAAAUUGGUUGAAUUACAUUUGUCGCAAAUUCUUAUUUACAGGAUUAACGAAUUUUGUAUCUGACUUUUUACGAUCAAUCAAUCGACAUUACGCCUUCUUCGGAUAAUAAAUAAAUUUUUCGUCGUGAAGAUCAUGUAUAGAUUCACGGUGUCUGCACCGGGCACGGUGAUUUUAUGUGGAGAACGUAAACAAACAUGCGUAGCAGCCAGCUUAGACAUGCGUACCGUACUUAAAUUCUCUUCAUUUCCUACAGAAGAUUUUAUCAAAAUAAAAUUUUCCAGUAUCGGAUUACGCAUGAAGAUACCUUUACGCUUAUUUUCCUUACAUUUUUUUAAGAUAGAGUACGAUCAAAUGCUUGAUUGUUUUAAUUUGAUGCAGUCAGUGAAUAGCUUUAUUAGAUAUAUGACGGGUUUUCCCGGCGAUUACGAACCCAACAAUCGCACACAUAGAUUAAGCUUACAAGCUUUUCUUUUUCUUCUCAUUUUCAUUAGCCGCAAAGAAGGCAUCACUAUAAAAUCUUUCAUUAUGGAUGUUUCAUCAGAAUUACCGAUUAAUGAGAAUCUGGGCUACUCGGCAUCAUUUGUAGUAUGUUUAGCGGCAUGUUUUUGGCGUUGGUCCCGCCUGCUGAAAGGAAAGGUCCCCUGUACAUUUAAUUCUAAAGAUAUUAUACAUAUCGCGGAAUAUGCUUACAUAUGUGAGGAGAUUGUAUACAGUUCCUUCAAUGCAAUCAACGUCACAAUAUCUACGGUUGGCAAGAUGAGAGUAUUUAAAGAGAAGGAACAGAUGUCAAACAUUUUUCUUAACGUGCCGAGCAUGAAGAUUCUGCUGGUCUUUUCGAAUGCUAGCAAUAAAAGCAUGAGAGUAAAAAUAAAUGAGUAUUUAUCUUCUUUCGCUGAUUUUACUCUAUAUAGUCUCGAAAUUUUGUCGAAUAAGUUUAUUGAAACUCUUGAGAAAAUUAACGAAAAAAUGGUUUCCUUACAACAGCAGGAGAUCGUUGAAACUAAUUCAAUUGAUCUGGAAAACUAUUAUAAAUAUUUAAUGGAUCUCAUUCACAUAAAUCAGGGACUAUUAAAAGCAUUAAACACAUCACAUUCAAACCUAGACAUUAUUUGCGCAAUUGCUCGGAAUUUUUCACUUGGAGGAAAAAUUGUCGCCAGCAGAAGUAGAUACGCAUUCAUUUUAUUGCUACCAAAUACCUCAAAUGAAUUAAUCCAACAUCUGAUCAAGAUAUUUGAGUCGCAUAAUUUCCCUGCGAAGAUAACCAGUUUGAAUUGUAGCGGAGUAAGAGUUGAAUAACAUAUUAAAAUCAGUAAUUAGUAUGAGUAAUGUAAACAAUAAAUAAAAAAAGCUAAGAAUUUAUGAUGCAUGUUAUGUAGAAAAGUUUUAUAUAAUACAUUUUUUACGCAUUAAUGGACUAUGGACUACUGGAAGUAUAGAAAUUUGCAUUUGUCGAAUUGGAUAAAAUAACAGUAUAUUAACAAAAUAAUAUAAGAUAUUU